CGAGACUGUGACAAACAGGAGGCAUCUAUAAUUUAUUAAUUAUUAUAUUACUACCGGUACCCCCUUCCCCAGCAUGUUUCUCGCACAAGCUUUACAGCAAGAUUAGUGGCAACCAAUCAGACGGCCAGUCUUCUGUGAUUAACGUGACCUCAGCCAAUCAGAGGCCUUGUUUUGACCAGCUGGGUAGUACCGGGCUACUUCUCUUAAACUUCGGCGGCUUCAAAGACGAAGAGGACUCUCCAAAAUGCCUCAGACCAGCAAAUCGAGUGGUGCUGGUGCUGCCAGUCCAGCAUCUGCGCCAGACCAAGGUGAGCCUCCGCCCCCAGAGGGCGCCAGGGCUCAGGUGGCUGCUGGAGACGGGGAGGAAGGAGCCACUGUAGACGACCAGGGAGACCCAGAGAUCGUCAAAUCACCUAGUGACCCAAAGAGAUACAGAUACAUCGAGCUGAGCAACGGCCUCCGAGCACUCCUCAUUUCCGACUUCAGUGGGGCCGACGGGGAGGGAGGCAAUGGAGAGUCGGCGGAGCAGGAGGAAGAGCAGGAAGAGGAGGAGGGUGGGGAAGAAGAUGAAGGGGACUCAGGUGAGGGCUCAGAGGAGGAAGAAGGGGACAGAGCAGAGGAAGAGCAGGACAGCGACUUUGAAGAGCUGGAAGAGGAGAACCCAGUGAAGAAGAAGAAGAGCUCUGAGAAGCAGGCUGCAGCAGCUCUGUGCAUUGGCGUGGGGAGUUUCAGUGACCCUGAUGAGCUGCCCGGCCUUGCACACUUCCUGGAGCACAUGGUGUUCAUGGGCAGUGAGAAAUACCCGGCGGAGAACGGCUUCGACGCCUUCCUGAAGAAGCACGGCGGCAGUGACAACGCCUCCACAGACUGCGAGCGGACCAUCUUUCAGUUCGAUGUGCAGAGGAAGCAUUUCAGAGAUGCGCUCGACAGGUGGGCUCAGUUCUUCAUCUGUCCUCUGAUGAUCGAGGACGCCGUCGACAGAGAGGUGGAGGCUGUCGACAGCGAGUUUCAGCUGGCGAGGCCGUCCGACUCCCACCGGAAGGAGAUGCUGUUUGGGAGUCUGGCCAAACCGGGACACCCGAUGAGCAAGUUCUGCUGGGGUAACGCUCAGACAUUAAAGCACGAGCCCCGAGAGAAGCAGAUCAACUCCUACGAGCGGCUCAGGGACUUCUGGAGGAGAUAUUACUCAGCUCAGUACAUGACACUCACUGUUCAGUCCAAAGAGACUCUGGACACGCUGGAGGAGUGGGUGAGGGAGAUCUUCAUCAGGGUGCCCAACAACGGUGAACCUCGACCUGACUUCUCUCACCUGCAGCAGCCGUUUGACACGCCGGCCUUUAACAAACUCUACAGAGUGGUGCCUGUGAGGAAGGUUCAUGCUCUGACCAUCAGCUGGGCCGUCCCGCCACAGGGGAAGCAUUACAGAGUGAAGCCUCUUCAUUACAUCUCCUGGCUCAUCGGACAUGAAGGGACGGGCAGCAUCCUGUCGCUGCUCAGGAAGAAAUAUGAGUACAUGCUCACACACACACAAAAAUGUGUCGUCCACUUUGUGUUCCAGUAUCUGAAGAUGCUGCAGACUCUGGGCCCCCAGCAGAGGAUCUAUGAGGAAAUUCAGAAGAUCGAAGCCAACGAGUUCCACUACCAGGAACAGACGGAUCCCAUCGAGUUUGUCGAGAACAUCUGCGAGAACAUGCAGCUGUUUCCCAAACAGGACUUCCUGACCGGAGACCAGCUCAUGUUCAAGUACGACCCCCAGGUGAUCAACGCCGCUCUGUCCCUGCUGAAACCCGACAGAGCGAAUCUGCUGCUGCUGUCGCCGGAAAACGAAGGCUGCUGCCUCCUCAAAGAGAAAUGGUUCGGUACCUGCUACAGCGUGGAGGAUAUCCCAGAGGAGUGGGCUGAGCGCUGGGCUGGAGACUUCGAACUCAACCCUGAACUCCACCUGCCUGCUGAGAACAAAUUCAUCGCAACGGAUUUCACCUUGAAAACGUCUGACUGUCCGGACACAGAGUAUCCUCUGGAAACAGUCAGCUCCUACAUUCGCUUCCACCUGAUCUCCCCGAUGAUCCAGAAGAGCCCAGAGAACCUGGUUCUCUUCGACCUCUUCGUGAACAUCCUGGCUCAUAACCUGGCAGAGCCGGCCUACGAGGCCGACGUGGCUCAGCUGGAGUACAAACUGGUGGCCGGAGAGCACGGACUGAUGAUCCGGCUGAAAGGCUUCAACCACAAACUGCCUCUGCUGCUGCACCUGAUCGUGGAUAAGCUGGCAGACUUCAGCACCGAGCCGAGCGUCUUCACCAUGUUCUCAGAGCAGCUGAAGAAGACCUACUUCAAUAUCCUCAUCAAGCCAGACAGGCUGGGCAAAGACAUUCGUCUGCAGAUCCUCGAGCACUGCCGCUGGUCCGUCAUCCAGAAGUAUCGCGCAGUCUCAAAAGGUCUAACUGUCGACGACCUCAUGACCUUCGUCAGAGGGCUGAAGGCGGAGCUUUAUGCUGAGGGGCUGGUGCAGGGAAACUUCACUAGUGCGGUGAGACACACACACACAGACUUUCUGACUUCCAGGUACCAGGUGUACCCCACCUGCAGGAACACGUCGGGUGUGCUUGGAUUCUCCGUCACCGUGGAAACUCAAGCCACAAAAUUCAGCUCUGAGUUCGUCGAGGCAAAGAUCGAGGAGUUCCUGGUGAGUUUCGGUGAGUGUCUGUCGGGUCUGAGCGACGAGGCCUUUGGGACUCAGGUGACGGCGCUCAUCAAGCUGAAGGAGUGCGAGGACGCACACCUGGGGGAGGAGGUGGACCGCAACUGGUUCGAGGUGGUCACGCAGCAGUACGUCUUCGACCGGCUCAACAAGGAGGUGACACUCAUGUUACUACAUUUGCAUGUUACUUUACCAACAUCCACCCAUCCAUCCACCUAG